AUGGGCUGGCAGAACGACAGCUACGAGGAUAGCUGGAGCAGAGACUGGCAGGCUUGGAAAAGCUCGUCCUGGGACUGGCAGGCUUGGGAAAGCCCCGCCCAGCCCGCCAACUACUGGCACGACAGAAGUUGGAAAGAUAAGGACGACGACAAGGCUUGGAAAAGCACCAGCCAGCCCGCCAAAGACUGGCACGACAGAAGUUCGAAAGACAACAAGGACGACGACCAGGCUUGGAAAAGCAAAAGCUCCAGCUCCAAGAACGACGAGGCUUGGAAAAGCCAGAAGAGCUCCUCAGACUCCGAGGGGCUUAACUCGCACAAGCGGCCGAAAGGCUCUGGCACCACUUCGAAGACCCGCCAAGACAAAAGAAGGGGCAGGCAGUGGGAUGUCCUGGAGAAAAAAGCUGCCGAGCACCAGCCAGACACGGUCGAAAGCAUGAAGGCACACUUGGAAAAGUUGGCUAAAGCGAAGAAGGAGGCGGAUGAGCUUGGAAAAGCUCAUCCGCCAUCGAGCUCCAGCAGCUCCGAGACCCCGCAAGGCAAGCCGCCAAAGCUGCCCAAAGUGGAGGAGACGAAGGAGGAGGAGGUCGAAGAGGAGGUGGACUGGGAUGCCGACGAGGAGGACAAAGAGAAGCUUGGAAAAGCAUCUCCUGCUCCGCAGCAGGCCAAGCAGGGCAAAAAAGGCUUUCGAUCCACCGGUGAGGUCAAGCUGACACCAGGGAGAAAGGUGGUGCAGCUGGACUUUCACAACUGCUUGGAAAAGCAGGGGUCGAUUCCCAACGAAAACGUGGAGGCCCUGCACCGUCUGUGCGAUCACACGGAUGUGUACGUGUGUUCGUACGUGACGACCUAUAAAAGGGAGAAGGAAGUGACCCGCCAGCUCAAAGACUUGGAAAAGUCGAUGCAGAAACGAAGCCCAGAGCUUCGCCUGAGGCUGGCGGUCACUUACGACAAGGUCGGCCAGCUUGGAAAAGCCGCCAUUGCCGACUACAACUCGGCAUCGUAUUGCAUAGACGAUGCCUGGCGGGUGAUUUCUGAAUGCCUUGAGUACAAGGUCUGCGAGAUGUGCUAUGCAGUGCAGACUUUGGAGCAGAAUCACUCCAAAUUCCUGAAAAAGAAGGGGGUCAAGGUUGUCAGCCGUAGCUUGGAAAAGCUAUGGUCCGGAGAAGGCUUGGAAAAGCCCAUGGAAGCAGGCACAUCGGACGGCUCAAUCACGCACUAUGCGGAGACAAUGUGGGGGCAUUUCAGAGCUCGUGCAGCCCUGGUUCGCAGGUCGAACGGGAGGCCCACACUCAAGACGGCCAUGCAAAUCUGGAAGCAUACAAUGUACUUCCGGAAGCUGCACCGGGCCGCGAAGGAACGUGGCACACUGUUGCGCAAACAAAGGCUCCAGGGAAUGCUCACCCUUGCUCACAAAGCUGCGGCCGAUCACGAUUACAGGGAGCACCACAAGCUUAUUAAUCAGCUUGCGCCGCGGGCGGUGUAUCGGAAGUUUCAGCUUAGGAUAGACGGAAAACUCCUCACUCCUGCCGAGGAAGUGGCCGAAAUGCGUAAGCACUUUGAGAAACUGUACAAAUCCGAGGACGCAACCAACCACCUCCUUGCAGUUGCGUUGACCGAAGACGUCACGGCAUGUCAGCACGAGGUGAAACAGGCCCUCCAGCGUCUGCCGGGAUCCAAAGCCGGACUCCCAGGGUCGUCUCCAGGGGCUGUGUGGCGCAUGUGCUCAGACAUUACCGCGCCAGCCAUUGCCGAGCAUCUCACCCACAGCUGGAGGGCUGGGGAGACCACGGUGUCAGACCAGUGGGUGAUCGCUAAGCUCGCCCUUCUCCUCAAACCUGGGAAACCAGGCACCCUUCCCACACACUAUAGGCCCAUAGGACUUAUCGACGCACUGGGUAAAUCGAUCAUAAGCAUGCUGAUGGACAAAAUCCGAUUUGACGUGACCCAAUACAUCCUUGACACCCCACAAUUUGCGUAUAUCAAGGGUAGGUCGACGCAGGAAGCGCCCAGGCGCGUCUUUCAUCAUUGUAGCAUGGCCAAAGAUCUCAGAAGUCGGAACCGGAGCACCCUGUACAACCGUCGCCUAGGCCGCCGACCAGCACCGCUGGCAGGCGGCCUGCAGAUAUGCAUUGACCUAAGCACCGCGUUCGAUUUGGUACCCCGCCAGGAACUGGCGGAAGCACUGGCAGAAGCCGGCGUCCAGGAGGGCCCUGCCCAACUGCUGUUACACUGGAUAGGGCGCAGCAGGUACCGCAUCACGAUUGAAGAUUGUAGCGCGGAGGUCUGCUCCAGCCGAGGGGUUAAACAGGGGUGCCCGGUGUCGCCACUGCUGUUCGCAGCCUUCACUUCAAUGCUUCUUCGAAGGAUGGACCAGAGACUGGAGAUGGGCUGGACGGCCCGGCAUAUGACCCUGUAUGCCGACGACUUUCAUGCUUCAGGCCUGUUCCACACGCGCCAUGAACUUGAUCGCCUCUGUCAAGGAGUAGGAGUGGUCAUUGCUGUCCUGCGUAAACAUGGGAUGAUCGAUAAUGCCGAAAAAGCCGCUGUCAUCCUCACGGUAGGGGGAACGCAGCGCAAAGCUGCCCUUGCUGAAUUCACAAAGGUGGUCAAAGGCACGCGAUUCCUACGGGUCAGGGCCUCGGGAGAAGACCUCCUCCUACCGAUAGUGGAGAAAACCGUGUACCUAGGAGCAGUGGCAUCAUACCGCAACUUCACCGAGCAAACGCUCCAACACAGACUUGAAUACCACAGCCUCUCGACCUUGCGAUGGCAUAUCACCAAGGUUCACAAGCUCUACAUGCGUAAGGUCCGGUUCAAUCGAGCGCAGCAUGCACUUCAGGGUAUGCCGAUCUGUGCCCUAUGUGGCGUCGCCUUCGCGCGAUGGGAGGUGCUGGAGACCCACGUUACCCAGCAGCGCUGCACUCAGGAACUCCCCACGGAAAGGUUAGACUCCCAGCCCGCCAUGUGCACCGAGGAAACAUCCGUGAAUCAGAAUGCCAGCUCGGCUAAGGAUGCGGUCGCACUCUCGUCAGCUGUGCCCCACCUUUCUCGACCCGAUGAUGACAAGCCUUGCCACCGACAGCAGGAGACACAAAGGCCGACGGGCAUGUCAGUCCCUAAGGUAGACACUCAAGAGGAGAGAAGCGCACCAGCGGUCAUGACCUCGCUUGCACGCCUUACGGAGGCCAUGCAGGUUCUCCGGCUGUCCGGACUCCAGGGACUUAUGAGGGCGGAGUGGAUAAAUGUGGAGCCUUCUCGCCGUGCCUCUACUGUGGACAAGCCAGGGCCCAUCCGAGACAACACCUUGCCACUUGCAUCGCGCUCUGGCAAGCCUGCCUUGUUGCACUACAACAUGGGUAUGAACCCCGCAGCGGCAGACUCGGCGAUGGAGGAGCUCUUCGGUCCGGUGAUGAGGGGCAAGCGCCCAACCACGGCGGAGCCCACGGACACAGCCAACGCGCCAGAGCGCCAGAACAAGGCAAGCAAACCCAACUCAGGUGGGAAAGGAAAGGGCCAUCGCUACGGCAGGGGGAACCGCUCGGGCGGUCAGCAGGGCGGAGAAUCUCAGGGCCAGACGCAUCAGCAGCGAGGACAACAGGGUCAACAGGAGACGCUGAGGCUGGUGACCAGACUUCUAAUGCAUCACCAGGAGGCGAUCUCCACGCUCCGACUCAGCACGGGGUGGGUAUGGUGGCUCAAGAUCCCGGCACCGUCGCCAAUCCCUGCCCUGGUUCAGGCUGCCAAGGUGUGGCGAGAGUCGGUGGUCAAGCCAGACAGCAAGCUCAAGAACACUCCCAUCAGACAGGCCAUGUUCUGGAGUCUGAUAGAAUUCAUCAAGUCCUCGGUCCAAAGCCCGAGCGAGGAGACCCUCAAGACGGUGAAGAGCUCGGGAUGGGCAAACGACGCUGGUCUCUGGAUCUAUCAGAGGUGGUGCCCAGAUCUCAAGGCACUGACGGUGGACACCGCGCGGACCCCCAUCUCUCCGGGAGAGCUCUUGAGGAUCCUCCAGGAGAUUCAAGGGCUUCUCCACCCAGACACAUUGUCACGCUUUCAUGCGCUGCGGGGCCUCGAAGAAGGCAUGGAAGGACAAACAGUCCGAGUGCUCAUGGAUGUCGCGAACCGCUGCUCCGAAGCGAAUCAACUCUUCGAUCUUCUCACGCAGCUCCAAGGAUGUGCCGCCCUGCAAUUGGCGGGAGUUCAGUUCAGGACCAUUACUCUUAGCAAUCCAGGUAACUACUGUUACUUUAAUGCCUCCGCCAGAGCUCUCCUCUGGACCAUCUUGAACGGUGACCAUUUUUCACAGGCAACUUCGGGGGAAUGGGAGGCGCGCCGUGACACGGAACUCGGGAUUCGCAUUACAGAGUCCGGAGAGUGCCACCAGGCAGUCACUCUGGUGGACUCACCCAGCUCGCUGCACAGCUCGGCAUCUGAUAUGGAUUUGGAACUGGUAUGUCCUCCACGCGUCGAGCCCCUCACUUCAGCGGAUUCUGUUACUGAGGAGUGGAAUGUUAUGGAGAGCCAGCAGCAACACGUUCUGGAUAUGUGCCAUCAGUCGGUUCGCAACCACCCACCACACCAACUGGCACUCACUUUUCCAGGCGAGGCCACCAUGAUGACGAAGAGACGGUGCACGGUGGAGAACAUGGCUAAUGGUAUCCUGGACGCAGGCGUUGCCACCUUCGAGAAUCUCUCAGCGAUUAUGGAUGCUUUACCGGACCGGGCCACGGCGAAACGGCGAAAGCAGCUCAGUGCAAAUGUGCCUCGUCAAUGCAGCUUCUCGUCAGGUGCUUACACCUUUGCGCACGACACAGGUAUCCUGACGAGCACGGGGCUGUACCCGCAAGUCACACGGGCGCUCACGGCAAUCAUCCGCGAAGCCUGCGGGCCUGAAUUUACAUUCUCAUCAGUCACGCUUCAAAGGAACACCUUGAUGCAGCUUCACAGUGAUGCCCAUAACGUUCCCGAGGCUUGGAAAAGCUUGGAGGAGAAGGUGGCAGAGGCUGCCGCCGCCAGCGAGGACCCGCUGGUGCAAGCGGCGGUGCUGAAAGAGUCCUUGACGGACAAGGAGGCCCAGAGCGCCUGGGGGAAGCACAAGACCUACUUGAAGAAUGCCUCCGAAGACGAGCAGGCGGAGCAUGCUUGGAAAAGCAAGAAGGAGAAGGGCUUGAGUGCGGCUCUGUUCCUGCUCCAAAGCGAAGGUAAGAAGUACAUGGCCUCCAAGCAGGUCGUGGGCGCCUUGGAAAAGGUGAAGAAGAAGGACGCUUGGGAAAGCGAGAAGACCAUGCUUACCAGAUGGACGGAGCAAGAGCUGCAGGCUCACCUUGCCAGUGGCAGAGUGAGCUGGCGGCAGGACCCGAGCACCCCGGGAGUCUGGGAGUACAAGGACAACCAGAGAAUUGUCCGUACUUCCGAAGGCACCCGGGGUGCCACUUGGGAAAGUGGUGUCGAAGGGGAACAGAGCCCAGACAACUUGGAAAAGUUCCAGCAGCUGUACGGGGACGAGGCCAUGGCCAUGCCCAGCAGUGGCAUGGUCAGCAGUUCCUUCAAAGGGCCUGGAAAGGGCGGCAGCAAGGGCUUGGGAAAGCCGGCCUUGAAGGGCAAGCCUGGCCAGCUUGCACUGGAGGACGGGAAGGCAGACGACGAGGGCGAGGAGCCUUCGCUCGAGAAGCAAGUGGCGAAAGCAGAGGCCGCUGUUCGCAAGGCCAUGAGCCAAGCCCACAAGUGCAAGACAGAGCCUGAAGAGACCUUGGAAAAGGUCAAAGGAACACUGUCCAAGUCGAGGCUCGCGAAAAGCACGUGCUGGCUGGCAAGCUUGGAGAAGCAGGAGGGGGUGCUCAAGACGACCCUGAAGAAAAAGCAAGGGCUCGCUGCUCUCAAGAAGGUCUUGGAAACCACAGCCCAAGUGAUCAAGCAGGCUCGAGACGAGCGAAAAGAGCUGCGACACCUGGAGAACAAGGCUCCAAGUGUUGCCAGCAGCAAGAGGAAGUGA